AUGAGCAAGCCACAGGAUCGUGAUGAUAACCCAUUCAAGUUAUCUCCUCGUUUCAAGAACAAGACAAUCGUCACAAAGAAGGAGCCAAAGCAUUGCUUCGACUUUGUCGAGGUCUACUCAUACUGUUUGAACGUACACGACUUUGAGCUCAGCAAGUGUGCUGGUCAGCUCAAGGAUCUCGAGAGAUGUCAGAAUGAUCUGAAACAACCAAAGCGCGAGUCACCAUUCAACUAUCAUCUGCGACGAGUCAUUGCUAACAAGUACAGGAUACCAAUCUAA